GCUUCUCGGUAAUGUUCGCCAGUAAUCAAAGUGUAUGCGCGCUUGUGUAAAGAGCCAGAGGAGCCGAAAACCUCCCGUUUCCAUGGACAACACGUCCAUAAUAACACAGGUCGCAAAUCCCAAAGAGGAAGAGAGUAUUUCUUCAGCGCAAGAUAAAGUCUCCCAGUCCAACAGCAGCUUAAAGAAACAUCGGAGCCGGAGCAUUUUCAGCCCCUUCUUCUGCUGCUUUCGCAACUACAAUGACUACCAUGUGGACCCGCCGACCCCCAACAACAAGACGCUGACGCUGCCCCCGCCGCCAGAGGAGAACGGCAGCCCCCCGAAGUGUGACCAGGUCCAGGUCAUCCCUGUCCCCAGUCCUCCAGCCACGUUCCUCCUGCCAGAGGUCAGCAUACCAGACUAUGGCAAAAACUGCGUGGUGAUUGACCUGGAUGAGACACUGGUACACAGCUCCUUCAAGCCCAUCAGCAAUGCAGACUUCAUUGUUCCUGUGGAGAUCGAUGGGACUGUUCACCAGGUGUAUGUGCUGAAGAGACCCCACGUGGAUGAGUUCCUCCAAAAGAUGGGGGAGCUGUUUGAAUGUGUUCUCUUCACAGCCAGCUUAGCUAAGUACGCUGACCCUGUGGCGGACCUGCUGGACCAAUGGGGGGUGUUCCGCGCCCGGCUCUUCAGGGAAUCCUGUGUGUUCCACAGGGGAAACUACGUCAAGGACCUCAGCCGACUGGGCCGUGAGCUCAGUAAAGUCAUCAUCGUUGACAACUCGCCCGCUUCCUAUAUUUUCCAUCCGGAGAACGCGGUUCCGGUGCAGUCGUGGUUUGAUGACAUGACGGACACGGAGUUGUUGGACCUGAUCCCUCUGUUCGAGGGCCUCAGUAAGGAGGAGGAUGUGUACAGUGUAUUGCAGAGUCUGAGGGCCAGGUAGCAGACAGCGGCCCGUCCGGCCUCCCCUCCCUGUCCUGCGCCCACUAUACCGUUCAGAGGCCUCAUCCCACAACCACACCCGUGGCUCAGGUCUGCUCCUCCCAAACUACACAUGGGAGUCGUCCCAGAGCUCCCGAGGAGACAACAGAGCGAACGUUCUGUGUUAUGUUCACGUUCAAACCCGGCACGAACAAGUAGGUCACGACUGCCUCUGGAUCCUGGACACUUAUCAAUGUAUAGGACUUCAGACCUAUAUGGGUGAGAGAGGACACUACUGUAUGUACAUACCUAUAUGUUUCUAAAAAACAUACAUGAAGUAAUUUUUCUAUCAAAGAAAGGAGGUUUUAUUAUUCUAUCUAGUAAUAUUUUAGUUACCAAAAAUCAACAAAUACACACGAAAAAGUUAUUUGAGUGUGAGGUGAGGGGAGGAAACCCUCUGGUUUUUCUGUUCAGCUGUGCUAUGCAGGUUGUCCUGAUUUUCUCGUAAGCCUUUCGUUGGAAUAACUGUGAUUUCUCCUGUCAUACAGAAUGAAGUGCCUUCAUUACUGUGUCUGUGUUGCUGGGGUUCGGGAGUGGGCGACAUAUUCUUAUGCUGCAUAUUUACUUAACGCUCCAACAUCAUACAAACUAGAUCUUUAAACCGAAGUGGGAACAAGUCUGUGCCAAUUGUUAUUUACAAAAAUCCAGAGUGGGUAUUUUCCGGAAAUCCCCAUUCAGCAAGCCAGCCUGUUACACCUCGACGAAUUUUUUUUUCUCUGCCUUUAAGUUUUAUGACACAUUUGUUUGUUAAAUUUAACAAAUAUUUUUUUACAGUUCGGUGUGAAAAUAGCUGUAAAUUGAUACCCCUGAGGUAGAUUGAAACCCCCACACUUGAUGAUUCAAGAUAUAAGUAACCCUUUAAAAUGACACGUCUGUCCCGUCGACAGUUAGUUACUGUGUGAGGAAAAUACUAUGAUUAGCGUAGAUGAUAUGAAAUUCUAUUUAUUGGGGAAAUAGGGUGGGUGAACUGUAAAGAAUGCUGUUGAAAUCGUACUGUACGACAUUAUUAAAGUUGCAGGUUUGCAC